AUUUGCUCGGAAUUCGACCGAAGCUAAGAAAUGAAUGCCCUCGGCAAUGGGGAUUUCUGUAAAUCCUCUGCAUUUGUUAAGGUCUCUUCCGUGUUUCUCAUAUCCCUCGUCUUCUUCUACUUAGGCAAGCAUUCCUCAGACGGUCAUCAACAACUUGUCUUCUUCAACUGGGGACAACCUCCGCAGGAGGAUUCCCAUCAAACCCCUACUGUUAUUCUCUCUCCCAACUUCAAUAGAUCUUCCGAUAUUUCCACUUUCAUUCAUCAUACACGCCAAAAUCUUAGCGGCGGUCUACAUCAAUCCAUACCGCUGCUUCCUCCACCCACUACGUCGGAUCAACUUCCCAUCCCUCCGCCGCCCCCUUUAUUGCUAUGGUUUGGUAUCGUUGAUGAAAAUGGGAAGAUGGCGGAUAACUUUGAGGUUGGAGAGAUUGACAAAGAUGGUGUCGAGAAUUUGGCUAGCGAGAAUGAAAAGGAGAUUAUGCACAGUGGUGACGAGGGGAAAAUAAUUAUUCUUGUCAACAAGUUUGGAGUGUGUCCUGAGAGCAUGAGAGAGUAUAUACCUUGUUUGGACAAUAUCGAGGCGAUUCGGAGGCUGAACUCCACAGAAAACGGUGAGAAAUUCGAACGGCAUUGCCCCGACGAAGGCCACGGACUGAAUUGCUUGGUCCCACCUCCCAAGGGCUACAGAACACCUAUCCCAUGGCCGCAAAGUCGAGACGAGGUAUGGUUCAGCAAUGUCCCUCAUGCUCGUCUAGUUGAAGAUAAAGGGGGUCAAAAUUGGAUUUCAUUACACAAAGAUAAGUUCAAGUUUCCUGGGGGUGGCACACAGUUCAUACAUGGUGCAGAUCAUUAUUUGGAUCAGAUUCAGAAGAUGCUCCCUGAUAUUGCAUUCGGUCGGCAUACACGAGUUGCUUUAGAUGUUGGAUGUGGUGUUGCGAGUUUUGGUGCCUAUUUAUUGUCGAGGAAUGUGAUAACCUUGUCAAUAGCCCCAAAGGAUGUUCACGAGAAUCAGAUUCAAUUUGCACUUGAGCGCGGAGUGCCUGCUAUGGUGGCAGCUUUUGCUACUCGACGUCUAUUGUAUCCAAGUCAGGCUUUUGAUUUGAUACAUUGCUCAAGAUGCAGAAUUAACUGGACUUCUGAUGAUGGAAUAUAUCUGCUUGAGGUCAACAGAAUACUACGUGCUGGAGGAUACUUUGUGUGGGCAGCACAACCUGUUUAUAAGCAUGAACCACUCUUAGAAGAGCAGUGGCAAGAGAUGAUUAACCUUACCUCUCGGAUUUGCUGGAGACUUGUUAAGAAGGAAGGUUACAUUGCUAUUUGGCAGAAGCCUUCCAACAACAGAUGUUAUCUAGAUCGUGAGGAUGGAACGAGUCCUCCUCUUUGUGAUUUAAAUGAUAAUCCAGACAAUGUUUGGUAUGUUCCUCUAAAAACAUGUAUUACACGUCUCCCUGACGAUGGAAGUGGAGCAAAUGUUCCCUCUUGGCCUGCCCGCUUGCAUAAUGCCCCUGACAGGCUCCAGAGCAUACAAAUGGAUGCACUCAUUUCCAGAAAAGAGCUCUUCGGGGCAGAGUCAAAGUACUGGAACGAAAUAAUAAAAAGAUAUAUUCAUGGUCUGCGUUGGAAACGACUUAAACUUAGAAAUGUGCUAGACAUGCGUGCUGGAUAUGGAGGGUUUGCAGCAGCUUUAAUUGAUCAUAAACUUGAUUGUUGGGUUCUAAAUGUAAUUCCUGUCAGCGAGCCAAACACUUUGCCGCUCAUUUAUGACCGUGGACUCUUGGGAGUUAUGCACGAUUGGUGUGAACCAUUUGACACAUACCCACGAACAUACGAUUUGUUGCAUGCAGCUGGACUUUUCUCUAAGGAGCGAAAAAGAUGUAACAUCUCAAAUAUCAUGCUUGAAAUGGAUAGAAUAUUGAGACCUGGAGGACGGGUUUACAUACGCGAUUCUCUUGCAGUCAUGGAUGAACUCCAACAUCUAGCAAAGGCCGUCGGUUGGCAUGUACUGAUUCGACUUACAUCUGAGGGCCCAAAUGCAAGUUAUAGGAUCUUAAUAGGUGAUAAACGUUUGCCUCGAAAAUGAAGAACGAUGCUUGAAAAUCCGGUUGUCCUUUAGUGUGAGAAAUGGGCAUGUUUUGUAGAAUCUCCGGAAUUGCUGUGUUGAAGUUCCAUCUUGGUUGUUAGGGAUAGAUUUAGAAGCUAAAUGUAACAACUUAGAGGUAAACAAACCUCUUUUUGUCAGAUGUUUUUAAUUUUUUUCAUGUUUAAUUUAUUAUGAAACAAUUUGGGUCUAUAGGAAUUACCAGUGUCAAUGGUAGCUAGACUUGGUCAUCCUAAGCUCAGAAAUAUUUACACAAAGGGUCGUACCCAAUUUAGAAAGCAUACAUGUAAAUGGUUUCAUGCCUACUUUAACCUUCUUCUAGGGUCUUUAGUGAAUCAUAUUUUAUUCUUUUCACUCCUCUCUAAGAAAGAAAUGUGUAAUUUAGUAUGUUUAAUUCCCAUGACUCAUUGUAUUUUGUAAUCUAAAGAUGGGUUUCAGCAUUUGUUAGUGA